AUGGCGCAGUACUUCUUCGACCUGCUAUACAACUUCACGGACUGCAUGUGUUGCUUUCCGAGCUCGCCGCAGCUGAAGAUCAACAACCGGAGUUUCAAGCUGCUGCGUCUCCUGGGGGAGGGCGGCUUCUCCUACGUUUAUCUCGUGCAAGAUAAGGCGACCUCCGAGCUGUUUGCGCUGAAGAAGAUUCGGUGUCCGUUCGGCCAGGAAUCGGUGUCGCAGGCGCUGAAGGAGGUCGAGGCGUACAACCUGUUUGUGACGCAGGCCAACAUCAUCCAUUCGAUCGAUCACUGCGUCUCGACCGAGCCGGGCUCCAAGUUUCGUGCCGAUGGCGGUGAUGGCGCGUCCAAGACGGUGUACAUUCUGCUGCCUUACUACCAGCGCGGCAACUUGCAAGAUGCCAUCAACGCGAAUCUGGUCAACCACACCCGGUUCCCGGAGAAAAGACUGAUGGUCCUGAUCCUUGGGGUGGCAAAGGCCCUCAAGGCGAUGCAUCAGUACCGCGUGCGCAGCGGUGCUGCCUCAGUCCGCAAGGGCAAGGCGGUUCGCAGGGAGGGUGAGGCUGCCGACGAGGACCAGGCCCGCAUGGCAAAGCCAGCCCGUCGGGGGACUCACAAUGUAGAUGAAGAGGAGGAAAACGAGCCCUUGAUGGACGACGAGCUUACGCAGAGUCAAGAGGGUGUGCGCGACGGUGACCUGCGGCCGUACGCCCAUCGCGAUAUCAAACCAGGCAAUAUUAUGAUCGACGACGAUGGCCAGUCGCCCAUCCUGAUGGAUCUCGGGUCGUUGGCUCCCAGUCCGAUCGCCAUCACCUCGCGGUCCCUCGCGAUUGCGGUCCAAGACACUGCUGCCGAGCACAGCACGAUGCCAUACCGGGCACCGGAGCUAUUUGACGUCAAGACCGGCUCCAUCAUCGACACCAAGGUGGACAUCUGGUCGCUGGGCUGCACGCUCUACGCCUGCCUGGUCGGGAAGAGCCCUUUCGAGGCUCGCAGCGAGGAAACUGGCGGCAGUUUGAGCAUGUGCGUGCUCGGCGGCGACUGGCGCUUCCCGGAUGAAAAGACGGGCCAUUUAUCCUCACCAAAGGGUAAGGGUAGGACGGGCACUGCGGAUGUGACGGCUGCCGGGGAAAACAGCGGCAGCUCGCAGCGGUCGAUCAGCGAGUCCGUCAAAGAUGUGGUGCGCAAGUGCUUGCAGGUCGAGCCCGCAGACCGUCCUGACAUCGAAGAGCUGAUCCAGAUACUCAACAGCGUGAUCGACGGGCUUCCGGAUGACGAUGAGCUUGAACCCGCAGACAGCAGUGCCAUCCCGGGCACUAUCACUCUUGUUGACAUCAAUCAUGUCUUGACGGCUCGGCAUCUAGACCACGGCGAUCAUGAUAUUAUCUUGGUGCCGGCUCCUUCAGACGAUCCGGAAGACCCUCUCAAUUGGUCUCCAAGGCGGAAGCUGAUGUCGACCAUCAGCGUCAACGUAUAUACUCUCUUCAACGGAAUCGCCUGUUCAGUGGUAUACUCGGUUCUGACCUCUCUGUCGGACGCGUCAGGGGUCUCCGUUGAUACUCUCAAUGAUGGGACUGGGUAUAUGUUUUUGCUGGCAGGAUGGGGCCUGUUGUUCUGGCAGCCGUUUGCAAUGCAAUAUGGCAAGCGACUGACGUAUAUCUUUCCGCAUUGCAGGACCAACGGCCAAUGGGUGGCUCGGAGCAUCCUAUCUGGCUUUUUCACUGCUCCCAUCGAGGCACUGCCUGAAAUUUCGGUUACCGACGUCUAUUUUACCCACGAACGGGGCACGUACAUGGGUCUCUAUGCGCUCUUCCUCGCUGGAAGCAACUACUUCGCACCUGUGAUCUGUGGCUUCAUUGCCCAGUACCAGAGUUGGGAAUGGGUAUUUUAUUAUCCCGCCAUCUUUGCCGCAGUGGCAGUUGUCUUUCUCUUCUUCUUCAUGGAGGAGACCAACUACGACAGGACCCCCGCAGUAGCUACUGCGGUCUCUUCAGGGGUUCUAGAAGAGUCCUCUCCUGACGGCUCGACACAUGGAGAUCCUGAGAAGUUCGCUGCUGCCUCUGAACAGCGUCCUUCUUCGGAGGCAGGAGUCGGUAAAGUUUACGAGAAGAAAUCAUACAUUCGAAAACUGUCACUCUUGGGGCCAAAGCAGAAGCGAAACAACAUGGGCAGACGUUUCUGGCAGACGCUUUACUUUCUGUCGUGGCCCGUCGUCUUCUAUGCUGGGUGCCUUCUCGUACGGGUCGUAUCUGAUCUGGUUCAAUCUAUAUCCCUUUUCACCGGCCGCUUCAGCGACUGGCUCACUAUCCGGCUUGCCCGCCGCAACAAGGGCGUCAUGGAGGCCGAGCACCGGCUCUGGCCCUUUAUCUCAUGUGUCAUUGUUGUGCCUGCCGCUCUGCUCCUUUGGGGUGUUGGUGCUGCGCAUGACAUCUUCUGGUUCGGACUCAUCGUCGCAAUGUGCGCGCUGGCAUUUGCAGGCACGUGUGGCAUCACGCUUAGUGUCAAUUACCUUGUAGAUAGCUACCGCGAGCUCAGCGGGGAUGCCAUCUCCUCGAUCAUUUUAGUUCGAAACACCAUGUCUUUUGCGGUGAACUACGGAAUCACCCCCUGGAUUGAUAACAUGGGAUACCAGAACUGCUUUGUUUCCGCCGCAUUUGUUGGAAUGGCCGCCUGCGCUGUCUUCCUGGUGAUGAUCAAAUGGGGGAAGGGCUUUCGCAUCAGGUCGCGGGAGAAGUACUGGAAGAUUGUGGCUGAGAAUCAAGCACUAGGAAUGGGUCAUUAG